UGCGGCCGGUGUUCAUGGCGGUUUUUGUGGCGUGUUGUUAUCAAAUCGCGCAGUCGUCGGAGCCUCCUCUGGCGCCGGCGUUAUACGUCAUAGGGGAUUCCUUGCUCGACAGCGGGAACAACAAUCUCCUGCCGACGUUUGCCAGAGCGAAUUUCUUCCCUUACGGCAGCGUUUUUGCGGCGGGAGCUACCGGGAGGUUUACGAACGGGAAAACCGUCGCGGAUUUCGUAGCUGAGGCUCUCGGAUUGCCGUUUCCUCCGCCUUACUUGAGCCUGCGAGGAUCAACGCCCCUCACGGGGCUGAAUUAUGCGUCUGCAUCCUGCGGCAUUCUACGCGAAACUGGAAAUGACCUAGGGAAGUGUUUGUCUAUAGCUGAGCAAGUUGACAUGUUCAAUCAAACGGUUCAGAUGGAACUGUCAAGGCACUACAACAGCUCAGAGCUUUCGGAUCACUUGUCCAAGUCCAUUUUUCUCUUGGCUAUAGGCAACAAUGACUACAUCAACAACUACCUACAACCAAAUUUUUACAAUACCAGUAGAACUUACUCCCCUACAUCGUUCGCUAAACUUGUCGUCGAUGCACUCUCCGUGCAAUUCCAGAGGUUAUAUGAUUUGGGAGCUAGAAAGCUGGUGAUGUUUGAGAUUGGGCCGAUUGGUUGCAUUCCGUUAUUCACGAAGAAAACUAAACGGACAAAUAAUGAGACCUGUGUUGUCGAUUACAACCAGCUUGCGAUGAUGUUCAACGAUCAGCUUGACGCCAUGCUGAAAAAUCUGACCACUACCCUCCACGACUCUCAAUUUAUACUCGGUCAUUGUCACUGGCUUGGCUACGAUGUCGCCAUUAAUCCGUCUACCUAUGGUUUGACAGAUUCAAGCAAUCCUUGUUGCCUUACAUGGGAUGGGGCUUCGGCAUGCAUACCGGAGACGAUAGCAUGCCGUGACGCCGACAAACACUAUUUCUGGGACGGCUAUCAUGGUACAGAAGCUUUUUAUAGGAUCGUUGCGACUCGGUGUAUCAACGGAACUGAUGUUUGCCUUCCAAAGAACAUCAUGGACCUCGUUCGACCCUGAACUCACAUUGUUUGUGGGUAAAAA